UCAUCACCAAAGUCACAACUUUUUUCUUUUUUUUUUUUUAGAAAAAAGAAAGGAGCAAUAGGACCAAAAAAGCAACCGGUCUCAACUUCUCAGCACCGCCAAUUAUGGCGGCGAAGCGCAAAGAAACCAACUCGGGAUCCGACGGGAUGAAUGCAAGGGUUUGGUUCUACUCCAUGUUGCUCACUUUUCAAUAUGGAGCUCAGCCUCUCAUCUCCAAAUGUUUCACCGGACGAGAAGUUAUUGUGACUACACUAGUCUUAACAUGCGAGAUAGCUAAGGUAAUAUGCGCCCUGAUUCUCAUGGCAAGAGAUGGUACUUUGAAGAAAUUAUAUGGUGAGUGGACUUUGGUUGGCUCACUCACCGCAUCAGGACUUCCUGCUGCAAUUUAUGCAUUACAAAACAGCCUGCUGCAAAUAUCUUACAGGAAUCUUGAUUCGCUCACAUUUUCAAUGCUCAAUCAGACAAAAAUAUUUUUUACUGCAUUGUUUACAUAUAUAAUUUUGAGGCAGAAGCAGUCAACUCAACAAAUCGGUGCUCUGUUCUUGUUGAUCAUGGCUGCUGUUCUUCUAAGUGUUGGUGAAGGCUCUAGCCGAGGUUCCAGUAGUACUAACUCUGAUCAAAUAUUAUUUUUUGGUAUUGUCCCUGUCAUGGUUGCUUCUGUUCUUUCUGGCCUUGCUUCUACUUUGUGUCAAUGGGCUUCUCAGGUUAAGAAACACUCAUCAUACUUGAUGACUGUAGAAAUGUCCAUAGUUGGAAGCUUGUGUUUAUUGGCCAGUACCACCAAGUCUCCAGAUGGUGAAGCUAUUAGAAAAUAUGGAUUUUUUCAUGGUUGGACUCCAUUGACUAUGAUUCCCGUUAUAGCAAAUGCUCUUGGGGGCAUCCUUGUUGGCCUUGUAACAAGUCAUGCUGGUGGUGUCAGAAAGGGCUUUGUCAUUGUUUCAGCACUGCUUGUAACAGCGAUGCUGCAGUUUAUUUUUGAAGGGAAACCACCUUCAAUGUACUGUCUUUUGGCUCUACCUCUGGUCAUUAGCAGCAUUUCGAUAUACCAGAAAUAUCCACAUCGAGUUAAAAAGAAGGAAUCAUGAUUUCUAACCUUCACAGAGUAUGGAAAUAUAUUAGCUUGUCCCAUUUGGCGGUGAAGUUUUUAUCUAGUUUUACACAUCCCCGGCUGUAGAGGGGGAAGUCAAAGUUACUUUUUAGAAGUGUAUUAACCUCUACUAGACUAGGCACAAAGAAGAUGCUUUUACAAAAUCAAAUGAACAAUGGUGUUAUCUCCAUGAAGUCUUGAUUUGAGUGCUGAUUACAAGGAAAUGAUAGUGACAUGUUUCUGAA